AAUAGCAAUGGCGCACAUGAAAAUAGGGGGGAAUAUAAGAAGGGACUGGAGCUGUUGGCUAUUGGCAGCCUUCGCGCUACUCGUGGAAGCGGUACCGAGGAAAGCGUCACCGGACGAUCCGCCGAAUAUCGUUCUGAUAAUCGCUGACGACAUGGGCUGGAACGACGUGAGCUUCCACGGGAGCGAUCAGAUCCCGACGCCGAACAUCGACGCCCUCGCCUACAACGGCGUCAUCCUCAACAGUCACUAUGUCUCGGCGAUGUGCACUCCGAGUAGAUCGGCUCUCUUAACCGGCAAGCACCCCAUUCAUACAGGCAUGCAGCACCUUGUGAUCCUCGAAUCCGAGCCCCGGGGUCUUCCACUGCAUGAAAAAAUUCUGCCUCAGUACUUGAAGGAAACUGGCUACAGGACGCAUGCGAUCGGCAAGUGGCACCAAGGCUCAUAUCGUCGCGAGUACACACCGACGUACCGAGGUUUUGACUCCCACUUCGGCUACUGGAACGGUCUCCAGGAUUACUACACGCACGAGGUGGCCUCGUCGGUCGACUCGGAGAACUUCCUCGGCUUCGAUAUGCGCCGUAACAUGAGCGUGGCCCGUGACACUUGGGGCAAGUACUCGACGGAUCUUUUCACUGAGGAGGCGGUACGACUGAUCGAGAAACACCACCCGGAAGCCGGACCGAUGUUUCUCUACAUGGCUCACCUCGCACCCCAUAGCGGCAACAAGUGGGAGCCCCUCCAGGCUCCCGACGAGGAGAUCGCCAAGUUCGCCUAUAUACGCGACCCCGAGCGCCGUAUUUAUGCAGCGAUGAUGUCCAAGCUCGACGAGAGCGUCGGCGAGGUUGUUGCUGCGCUCAGACGCAAGUCCAUGUUGCACAACAGUAUUAUCGUCUUCAUGGCCGACAAUGGCGCGGCCACUCAGGGUAUUCACUACAAUCGGGGCAGCAAUUUUCCGCUACGCGGGAUAAAGGCAAGUGCGUGGGAGGGCGCAGUUCGCGGCACAGCUGCAGUCUGGAGUCCUCUGAUCCGGCGGCCUAAGCGCGUCUCCAGUGACCUCAUGUACAUCGCGGACUGGCUGCCGACCCUGGCCUCGGUCGCGGGUAUAAGGCUGAACUCGGGCUUGGACGGUGUCGACAUGUGGCCGAGCAUCAGUGGCGAGGUCGUAGUGCCCCCAGCCCGCAACGAGGUACUCGUCAACAUCGACCCGAUCUUCAACUACUCGGCGAUCCGACGCGGUGACUUCAAGUACGUCCUCGGGUCUGUCGGGAAUGGCGACGCCUGGUACGGGGAGAGCGGCCGACCCGGAGCCGACCCCGCCGAAGGUUCCAGCCCCAGCUACGAUCCGGAGAAUGUACUCAUGAGCAAGGCCGGGACCGCCAUCUCUGGACUCCUCACCGCCAAUCAGGUAACCGAGGUCAGAGCCGUAAGAAACGAUGGCUAUGAGCGUGUGAAAGAAGAGGAAAUGGCCACGACGAAACUACUUACAGCCGAUGAGUUGCUGAAACUUAGAUCUAUAGCUACGUUACAUUGUACUACGCCGGAAGUCGAAUGGGUCGAAUGCAAGCCCCUGGAAGCGCCCUGCCUCUUCAACAUCAAGGAAGACCCAUGCGAACAGCGCAACCUCGCUGAGAGUCGGCCAAUGCUCCUGGCCACCCUGGAGGAGGCACUUCUCAAGUACCAAGUAACGGCAGUGCCACCGAGCAAUAUACCAAACGAUUUGCGGGCCAAUCCCGCUCUGUGGAACGAUACCUGGGUCAAUUGGCUCGACGACGACCCUUUGGAAUUCCUCGUCGACGAUGUGAAUAAAGAUCAUCUCGACGAUCCAACCUCCAAGCUUUCCGGUCCGAUUAUCGCCACCCUCGCGAUCAUAUUGGGCCUCGCGCUCCUUGGCAUCGUCACUUUUAUCGCGCUCGGCUGCAGCCGGGAGUACAGUAAGCUUAGGAAAAAGCAGCAACAGUCGGCUUAUCGUAGCUCCACUCCUUUUCAAGAAGUACAGCAACCGAGUGAGACAAUAGCUGUACUGGAGCAAGGAUUUCCGGACGAGAGUCACGUAAGGUCAAAGAUACUAAACUUGAAUGAUAGAAGUGAGAUGAACGAUACAAGAUCUAUAGAAACCCACACAAAUUUUAAGAAAGGCAUCGAAUGAGAAAGAUCCAGAGGUCUACUAUCAGUGCGAAAACUAAACCAAAAUAUAACAUUGUGCUCGGAUCGAGCGUUAAUCACUUGAAAAACUUUAUUGAAGCUCACA